UCCGGGUGCCUCCUGCAGGGGGCGCUGUUCGUCACAAAUCUAAAAGUUUCAGCCAUUUCCGGUAACAGAAUUAACAAGAUGGCGUCAGGCAGCGGGUCGAGUAAGAACGACUUCCGUCGGAAGUGGGACAAAGACGAGUAUGAAACCCUCGCUCAGAAACGGCUGGCGGAGGAGAGGGACAGCGAGAAGAGAGAUGGAAAAUUGCCUCCGCCAGUCAAGCGGGAACUCCUGCGCCACCGAGACUACAAAGUGGACCUGGAGUCCAAACUGGGGAAGACCAUCGUCAUCACCAAGACGACUCCCCAGGCGGAGAUGGGCGGGUAUUACUGUAACGUCUGUGACUGCGUGGUCAAGGAUUCAAUCAACUUCCUGGAUCACAUCAACGGGAAGAAACAUCAGAGGAACCUGGGCAUGUCCAUGCGGGUGGAGCGAUCGUCUCUGGAUCAGGUGAAGAAACGCUUCGAGGUGAACAAGAAGAAGCUGGAGGAGAAGCAGAAGGAGUACGACUUCGAGGAGCGCAUGAAGGAGCUGCGCGAGGAGGAGGAGAAGGCCAAGGCCUACAAGAAGGAGAAGCAGAGGGAGAGGAAGCGGCGAGCCGAGGACGACGUGGACUUUGAGGAGGACGAUGAGAUGGCGGCUGUGAUGGGCUUCUCUGGUUUUGGCUCGUCCAAGAAGAGUCACUGAUGCAGAGACGCUUGUAGAGACUUUCAGAGCAGGAUGAGACUGGAAGGCCGAGCCGAGGAGUCCCCAUGGAAGCGUCCCGGUCCAGACUUCAUUCCCAGCCAGACUCUUAUUUUGGUAGAUCGAUAGUUUAAACCUGUCUGCGGCUCACAGGUGAGACAGGAGGCG